CCACUGCGCAUGCGCCGCCUGCUGAAGGGCUACACUGUCAUGGCGCUGACGAGCUGAAGCUAUAGGAGUGGAUCAGGAAGCAAAAGCAGCGCAGCUGGCUCGACCCGUGCCAUUUAACCGCGUCCGACGAGUCCGCCGGGGAGCACCGAGGGGGACCUCCGGCCGCUUUCGUCUUCCACCGGAGUUUGCUGACGGACUUGGCCCGUUCUGUUGGAGAGUUUUAUUUCCCUCUUGGUUCUGCCGUGCGCUUCUUACCUGUCAAGUCUACGGUGACACACAGGAGCAACUUCCACUGCUGGACGGAGAUAUUAAAGUGACUGUGUCCGCAGAAUAAAACCAAAGGAGAGGAAAGAGGGGGAAAACUCUGCUUCACACGCGUUUCUCUUCUUGUUUUCUGCAGCUAUUUUCUCCACGGGCUUUUAAAGACAUUAAUUCACCCGCCUGGCUGGUAUCAAGUUACAGAGCAGAGUAUAGUUCACUCAGCGUGGAGGAGCGGUGACAUUUACAGCUUCGCUGUGCGUCAAAAACCAACAAAUUCUCCGUCCGCUCUUUAUUACCCACUCUUUGAGACCCCCUGUCGCUUAACAACCCUGGAUGGGGAGGAAAACGCCCUGCAGACUGCCCACAACUCAGCUGAAGGGGAGAUAAAGCCCUGUUCCUCCCCCCCACACCCACCUCCCUGCACUCUUUUCAGCAUAUUGGAGGUGAACAGGUGCCUUACCUGCCCGGCUCUUCCUUAGCAAAUGGCUAACACCGAGCCGGCGGAUGGGAAGGACGCACGGGCAGCGGGAGCCGCCGCGCUCAACGCCGGGGUGCCCAUCAGGGGCAUCCGGAUGAAAUUCGCCGUGCUGGCCGGCCUGCUGGAAGUUGGGGAAGUUUCCAACCGAGACAUUGUUGAGACGGUGUUCAACCUGCUGGUCGGCGGUCAGUUUGACCUUGAGAUGAACUUCAUCAUCCAGGAGCCAGAGAGCAUUGUGUGCAUGGUGGAGCUCUUGGAGAAGUGCGAGCCAAACUGUCAGGCCGAGAUUUGGAGCAUCUUCACGGCCAUCCUCAAGAAAAGCGUUCGUAACCUGCAGGCAUGCACUGAAGUGGGGCUCAUCCAGCAGGUGCUCCAGCGUAUAACCACAGCUGACAGCAUGAUUGCAGACCUGCUGGUGGACAUGUUAGGUGUGCUCGCCAGCUACAGCAUCACUGUGAAAGAGCUGAAGCUUUUCUUCAGCAAGCUCCAAGGAGAAAAAAGCCAGUGGCCACAUCAUGCGGUGAAGCUUUUGUCAAUUCUGAAGUACAUGGCGCACAGACACGGCCCUGACUCAUUCUUCAGCUUUCCAGGAAAAAAUGCAGCUGCGAUAGCUCUGCCCCCUGUUGCAAGAUGGCCAUAUCAGAAUGGAUUUACAUUCCACACGUGGCUCCGAAUGGACCCUCUCAACAACAUCAAUGCAGACAAAGACAAGCCUUAUAUGUACUGUUUCCGCACCAACAAAGGCAUGGGUUACUCUGCACACUUUGUGGGCGGCUGUUUGAUAGUGACCUCAUUAAAAUCAAAGGGCAAAGGUUUCCAGCACUGUGUAAAGUACGACUUCAAACCACAGAAGUGGUACAUGGUGACUCUCGUCCACACCUACAACCGCUGGAAAAACAGUGAAAUUAGCUGCUAUGUGAACGGAGAACUGGCUUCCUUUGGAGACAUCGCCUGGUUUGUCAACACCAGCGAUACAUUUGACAAGUGUUUCCUGGGAUCGUCUGAGACGGCGGAUGUGAAUCGUGUGUUCUGUGGGCAGAUGGGGGCAGUUUAUCUGUUUUCAGAAGCUCUCAGCGCUGCUCAGAUCUUGGCCAUCUAUCAGCUGGGUCCAGGCUACCAGGGCACAUUCAAGCACAGAGCCGAGAGCGACUUGUUGUUCGCGGAGCACCACAAGACCUUACUGUACGACGGCAAGCUGUCCUCGUGCAUCGCCUUCACUUAUAACCCCCGCGCCACAGACGCCCAGCUCUGCCUCGAGUCUUCCCCCAAAGACAACCCCUCGAUUUUUGUCCACUCACCACAUGCACUCAUGCUGCAGGACGUGAAGGCUGUAGUGACUCACUCAGUCCAGAGUGGCAUCCACUCCAUCGGAGGUGUUCAGGUCCUCUUCCCUCUGUUUGCACAGCUGGAUUAUUGCCAGCCCUCCAGCCAAGAGCUGGACACCUCUGUUUGCUGCACUUUGCUGUCCUUCGUGAUGGAGCUCCUGAAGAACUCGGUGGCGAUGCAGGAGCAGGUCCUGGCCUGCAAAGGCUUCCUCGUCAUUGGCUACAGUUUGGAGAAGUCGUCCAAGGUGCAUGUGACGCGGCCCGUCCUGGACAUUGUUCUGGCCUUUUCCAGAUACCUUAGCAACUUGCAGAACGGUAUCUUGUUGCUCAAGCAGCUUUGUGACCACAUUCUGUUCAACCCUGCCAUCUGGAUCCAUGCCCCAGCCAAGGUGCAGCUCACACUCUACACCUACUUGGCGACCGAGUUCAUCAGCACAGUGACCAUCUACAACGCAGUUCGCAGGGUCGGCACAGUUCUCCAAAUCAUGCAUACACUAAAAUACUACUACUGGGUAGUCAACCCUCAGGAUCGCAGUGGAAUCGCACCCAAAGGUCUUGAUGGUCCAAGACCAAAUCAGAAGGAGAUGCUCUCUUUACGAGCCUUUCUGCUCCUGUUUGUCAAGCAGCUCAUAAUAAAGGAUCAUGGAGUGAAGGAAGAUGAGCUGCAGAGCAUCCUGAACUACCUCUUGACCAUGCAUGAGGAUGAGAAUCUCAUGGAUGUCCUGCAGUUGUUGGUUGCUCUGAUGUCUGAACAUCCUGGCUCUAUGAUCCAGGCCUUUGACCAGCGGAAUGGAAUUCGUGUGAUCUACAAGCUUUUGGCUUCACAAAAUGAAGGAGUAAGAGUCCAAACACUGAAGGUCAUGGGCUACUUUCUCAAGAACCUAUUACCAAAGAGGAAAUCGGAGGUCAUGCUGAGUCACGGCCUGUUCUCCCUGCUGACUGAACGCCUGACGCUUCACUCCGGCCAGUUCACCAUGACGACCUACAAUGUGCUGUAUGAGAUUCUUACAGAGCAGAUCUGCACUCAAGUGAUCCAUAAACAACAUCCGGACCCCGACUCCACUGUGAAGAUCCUCAACCCACAAAUUCUGAAGGUAAUAGCUGCUCUCGUGAAGAACUCUCCCUCAUCCCCUGAGAGCAUGGAGGUGCGCAGGGCCUUCCUUUCAGACAUGAUCAAACUUUUCAAUAACAGUCGAGAGAACCGCAGGAGCCUGCUGCAGUGCUCGGUGUGGCAGGAGUGGAUGCUCUCUUUGUGCUUUGUCAACCCGCGAAACACAGAGGAGCAGAAAAUCACAGAGAUGGUGUACGCCAUCUUCCGCAUCCUGCUCUACCACGCCAUCAAAUACGAGUGGGGCGGUUGGCGCGUCUGGGUGGACACCCUGUCCAUCACCCACUCCAAGGUGACCUUUGAGCAACACAAAGAAAAUUUGUCUCGCAUGUUCCGUCAAUACCAGCAACAGGAGUCCACGAGCUCUCAAAACACAGUUCUAACUGUCUCCGGUGUCAGCCAAAGCUCAGAGACGACAAAAAGUGUUAAUGGGCCAACCGCAGAGGAGAUGGCGCCCUCGACUGUCAUUGAGCUUACAGUGGACAAACGGUCUCAGAUUUCCAUUGACUCAGCAUCUAGUUCCACUAACACCUCCAGGCCACUGGAGGUUGAGGAGGAUAGAGGCCAAACAUCCAUCACUGUGUCCAACAUUCUGGCCAGGACCGAAGAUGAAGGGCAGAAGGCGGCGGCAGUAGAGGAGGAGGAGUUAUCCAAAGAUCACUCAGAUGUUGAAAAAGAAAUUGAAGCUGCUCCAUCACAAAAAACUAACACGGAAGAGCACAGUGAAGACACUGAAAAGGAAAAAGCAGCAACAGAGGUAGCAGAUGAGAAAAGCAGUGAUGAUGUAGAAAGGGCAGAUCACAACCAAUUUGCGACCACUGACACAAAAACAGAGGAGGUGGACGGAGACUCAGCAAUGUCUACAAGUGAUGAUGCACAAACAAUUGAUGAAAAAUCAGUGGAGCACACCACAAGAGAAGCAUCAAAUACUGCUACAGAAGACUCCUUAGAUGAAAAAGUUACAGAAAAAGGAGAUACGCCUCACCAAAUGUCCUCUGAGCCUGAAACAUCUCAAGAGAACAGUGUUGUUGGUGGAGCUUCUGUCUUCGGUGAAGACUUGUUUGACGCAUCAUCUGUCAGUGACCAGAUCCUUGCUAGCGAUGCUAAUGGUAGCCAAGAGGAGCCCUCUUUUAUUUCUGCUACAACUGGAGAGGAAGGGGAGGUGGUCCAAAGGGAGCAAGAUAAACCUGAUGACGAAGGUGACACAAAUGAUCACCAAGAACAAGAGUCGAGAGUGGAAACGGAAAUGCAGGAUGUUGAAGGAAAAGAAAACGAAGAAAGGAAAUCUGAGGAAAAAACAGUAUCUUCGUUAGACAGUCAGACUCCUCCAGCUGAAACGCCUGAAGAAAAUGUUAGUAACCAACAGUCUUCCUCCAAUACUGAAGGUGCUACUGCAGACCAGCAGUCCUCAGAUGCUCCAACACCCUCUUCAGUCCAGGAGGCUGCUGCAGCUUCAGACUCCACUUCCCUGAACCAGCCUUCAGAGCCCAGUGGGACAAGUGCAGGAGAGACCCCAGCUGGUGCCUCUGAUGGUAUCACCGCCACUGCCUCCAGCCCCAAUACCCACAAGAAAACAGAUUCUGUUAGCAAAACCAAAGAGAUUAAAAUUGCCCGACUAGAUGUGUCCAAUGUGGCCUUGGACACAGAGAGACUUGAACUGAAGGAAACCUCUACAACCGAAACAAGCCAAGGCCAAACAUCAGUAGUAUCAUCAGCAGCAGCAGCAGCAGGAGAAGUGGGAAGUACUUCAAGCCAACAAAGAGAAAGCAGCACAUUGGCUCCUCGCUCCACCAUGUUCCGUAUCCCAGAAUUCCGUUGGUCCCACAUGCAUCAACGCCUCCUCACUGACCUACUCUUCUCUGUUGAGACAGACAUCCAGGCAUGGAGGAGUCACUCCUCAAAGACGAUUCUGGACUUUGUGAACAGCAGCGAGAACGUCGUGUUCGUGCACAACAGCAUACACGUCAUCUCCCAGGUGGUGGACAAUCUCAUCAUGGCUUGUGGAGGCAUUUUACCUCUGCUGUCUGCUGCCACAUCUUCCACUCAUGAACUAGAAAACAUUGAACCAUCCCAAGGUUUGGCGGUGGAAGCUUCAGUCACCUUCUUACAGCGCCUCAUUAACCUCGCAGACGUUCUCAUCUUUGCCAGCUCCCUUAACUUCACAGAGAUAGAAGCAGAAAAAAACAUGUCAUCCGGUGGGAUCCUGCGACAGUGCCUUCGUCUGGUAUGCGCUAUAGCGGUGAGGAACUGUCUGGAGUGUCAGCAUGCCCAGUUUAGGCAUGAAGGUUCGGCACGAAGCUUCACUGUCAUGCCCAGCACUGUACUGGGAACAGCCAUGUCUGCCUCUGCCCAGAGCCCCGUGGAUGCAGUGACAGGCGGCGUGUCUCCUGUCAGAGACUUGGACCGACUCCUUCAAGACAUGGACAUUAACCGCCUCAGGGCUGUUGUUUUCAGAGAUAUUGAGGACAGUAAGCAGGCUCAGUUUUUGGCUCUUGCUGUGGUCUAUUUCAUCUCAGUCCUCAUGGUUUCCAAGUAUCGAGACAUAUUGGAGCCCCACAAUGACAAGAGACACCCUCAGCGUUCACAGUCUUCAAGGAGUACAGACAGCGAUGUGGUUUCAGGUGGAGCUGAGGUAGAAAAUGGCUUCUCUCUGAGACGCUAUGAUUCUGGUCUCGGUGACGACCACGCCUCGGCUGCCGCGAGCGAGGCGGACCUGUCAUCCUCUGGUGUGACUCACGGUCCAGACGCCAUCUCGGAAGCCUUGUCUACGCUGUCAUCCGAGGUCAGAGCUGCUCCGUCUGACUCAAAGGGCAAGAAUGUGAAAGACAUCCUGCGUAGCCUCGUCAGCGCUCAGUCCGACGAUUUCAUGGUGGACCCAAGCCUGCUGCCACCAGCCUUCCUCGGACCUGUGGGCGGUGUGGCCAGAGACCCAUCCCUUCAGUUUCGCUCUUUUGAUAGAAGCGUUGUCGUUGGGCCCAAGAAAGCGGGUGGGAUGCCUCCUCAAGGCCCCGCCGCCUCCGUCCAGACGUCCUCUGCUGCCUCGGUGUCUGCCGGGAGCCCAGCUGACAGUGUCGCUGUGGUUUCUUCUGACGACGCCUCUCAAGCUGCCUCUGUAGACUCUGCCGCUUCAGGCGGCCAGGUUCCAGCCAGCACCAGCCUGCCAUCUGUCCCCCCACUCUCCUCUGUGACCCAGAACACCGCCCCCAAUAUGAGUAUCUCAGAGCGUCUGGAGCAUGCUCUUGAAAAGGCUGCUCCUCUGCUGAGGGAGAUCUUUGUCGACUUUGCUCCCUUCCUCUCUCGCACCCUGCUGGGCAGCCACGGACAGGAGCUGCUGAUCGAGGGCACCAGUCUGGUGUGUAUGAAGUCCAGCAGCUCGGUGGUGGAGCUCGUCAUGCUUCUGUGUUCUCAGGAGUGGCAGAACUCCAUCCAGAAGAAUGCAGGACUGGCCUUCAUUGAGUUGGUCAACGAAGGCAGGCUUCUCAGUCACACCAUGAAGGACCAUCUGGUUCGUGUUGCUAAUGAAGCUGAAUUCAUCCUGAGCAGACAGAGGGCUGAAGACAUACAUAAACAUGCAGAAUUUGAGUCAAACUGUGCUGAGUAUGCAGCAGAGAAACGAGAAGAGGAGAAAAUGUGCGACCACCUGAUCAGAGCAGCUAAAUUUCGAGACCACAUGACGGCCACACAGCUCAUCCAGAAGAUAGUGAAUAUCCUGACCGAUAAACACGGAGCUUGGGGAAACUCUUCCAACAGCCGGCUCAGGGAGUUCUGGCGCCUGGACUACUGGGAGGACGAUUUAAGGAGGCGACGUCGCUUCGUCAGGAACCCCUUCGGAUCGAGUCACUCAGAAGCUACGCUCAAAGCGGCGGCCGAGCACGCAUCUGAGGAGGAUAUCCUCAAAGGAAAGCAGUCCAUCAAGAGUCAGGCUCUGGGAAAUCAGAACUCUGAGAGUGAGACGUCAUUGGACGGAGACGAUGACACUCUGUCCUCUUUAGAGGAGAAGGACCUGGACAACCUAACAGGUAAAAAAAUAAAUAAAUAAAAAUAAAAAAUAAAGCAGCUUCUUUACCUGCCUAAGAGUCAUUCUCAC